UUUGAAAAACAAAUUCUAUUACUACUACUUCUAAUGGAAUAAUUACAUUCCAUUUUUAAAUUGCAAAAAUGUAUUGAUCAUCCGUUGUUGUAUAAAACUUUUCUCUCCAUUCAAGAAUAAAAUAAUUUUGUGAUUGACCUGUCGAAAUACCUUCAACAACUUUUAUCACGCAUAUACUAUUUUCAACCCUCCUACUUCCUAUCUUUUCGGGUCGUAAGGUUGGCAAUACGAAAUGAGCCCGUAUUCGGAAUCAGAUAAGGAUAUAAUAGUAAUGGCAGAUAACUUAUUAAAUAAGCCUGAUUCUAUCGAUAAUCAAGACUCCUUAGCAAGAAAGGCAGAGAGAGAGAGAAAGAACAUCGGUAUAACAUUAUCCAUCUCUCAUUAAUCUAUUCUGACUGGAGGUUUCGAGUGAUUGAAACGGCGAACUUAUUGCAACGUUUGAUCAAACAAAAUCGGCCGCUUUUGGCUAAGAAGAAAAUGUUGUUUUAUCAAGACAAUGCACCAGUUCACACAUCCGUUGUUGCAAUGGCCAAAAUUAAUAAUAUAAAGUUUGAAUUGCUACCUCGUGUACCCUAUUUGCCGUGAUGUCGACAGUUAAUGGCUAUUUUGAGGAACUUGAGGAUUAUUAUUAUAAAAAGAUAUCGAACAUCGCUGGGAAAAGUAUAUGGACCUAAAAGGAGUGACCAGAUACUUCUGGGACCAUCCUUAUAUAUACUGUUCUAAUGUAUAUCCAAUGAUAGGAAAACUCAUCCUCUGAGUACGAUGCGUCAACAGAAAUGGAAAUUAUAAAUGCAUCGAACAGAACAGAUUCUAAGAAAGUAAUUUUUCUAAUAACUGAUGGUUACUCCAAUGGUGGAGAUCCUGUUCCUGUAGCAACAGAGCUCAAAUUAAAUUCAGUUAUAAUAUUUACAAUUGGAAUUAAAAACGGCAAUUAUAAAGAGUUAUAUGAUAUUUCUUCUACACCCGGACAAUUCUAUAGUUAUUUGUUAGACAGUUUCAACGAAUUUGAAAGUUUAGCGAGAAGAGCUCUCCAUUCAGAUCUAAAACAUGGAGAUUACAUUCCUGUGGGAUACAAUUUUGCUUGCAAUGAAUUAUGUAGAGAAAGUGGGGACUGUUGUGAUGAGAAGGCUAUGUGUACAUGCGGAACAAGUACCGGACAUUAUGCUUGUGUAUGCAAGGCGGGUUAUUAUGGAUCGGGCCUCAAAAAUAAUUGUUUCCCUUGUGAACCAGGAACAUAUUCAGAUGGACCAAAUAUAUGUUUGCCAUGUCCCGAUCAGUUCCAUACUACAAUUUCACCGGCAUAUGGAAUUGAUAGUUGUAUUUGCAAGGAAGGAUACAAAGCUACCGGAAAUGGAGAAUGUAAAGAAUUGAAAUGUAUGAAAAUAAUAGCUCCAGAGCAUGGUUACUACGUAAAAAACCGAAUGUGCCCAAAUGUUAUUUUCAGUGCAUGUGGUAUAAGAUGUGAAGUUGGAUAUAAUUUGAAAGGGACCAGUGUGAGAUUAUGCCAAAAAAAUGGUACAUGGAGUGGAACGGAUCCUUCCUGUGAGAUUAAAACAUGUAACCAGUUGGAUAUUCCCAAAGGGGGUAAAAUGCAAUGUUUCCAAACAGACACACAGAAAGAAUUUAAUCAAAAUAUGACAGAGCUUCCUGUUGACACAUCUUGCAAAUUUUCUUGUGAUGAAGGGCAUAUUCUAACUGGAUCAAAGGAACGAAUAUGUUUACCUAUAUCUAGAUGGUCCGGGCUAAGAACACUUUGUAGACCAAUAAAGUGUAAAAAAUUAAUACCAAUUAGUUUCGGUGAUAUUGAACCAGCUUCGUGCAAAGUUGGAAAACAAGAAAUGGGUAAAACUUGUCGAAUAAGAUGUGAUGAAGGAUUUAAAAUUGAAGGCCCUGAAGAAAAACACUGUUCUACAGAAAAUGGGAACUGGGAUAGUAAGUUUGAAUCAACAACAUGUAUAGAUAUCACACCACCAGUGAUUGUUUGUCCAAAAAAUGUAAUUGUUAAUUCUUUACCAGGAAAAAAGUAUGGCCAUAUUUCUUGGGAGGCACCUUCAGUAACAGAUAAUUCAAAACUCAAUGUAUCAAGUUGGAUGAGUCCUGCAGUUUCAGAUAUAAAAAAAGCCAAAUUUGAAAUUGGUACCACCAGAAUAACAUAUUUUGCUCAGGAUGCUUUUAAAAAUAGAGCAAAUUGUUCUUUCGAAGUUACGAUCAAAGAUAUGGAACCGCCAAUUAUUGAAAGUUGUGUGGAUCCUCCAACUUUUCUUACUGGUGAUACAAAUGGGGCUAAUAUAAGUUGGGAUGAGCCAAUCGCAUUUGAUAAUUCCCAAAUUGUAUCGAUGAACAGAUCCCACGAAUUUGGAUUCUUUCCAAUUGGUACUACAGUUGUAACAUAUAUAGCUUCUGAUAAUUCCAAUAACACCAGUUCAUGUAAAUUGAAUAUUACUGUUGAAGUUUCAAAAUGUGAGCCAUUACCAGAUCCACCAAAUGGCCAAAGCAAAUGUACACAACAUAUUGAAGGCAUUCGAUGUGUGAUAACAUGUGAAGAGGGUUACAGUAUACCUAUUUCGGACAUAGCUGAAAAAGGAAAUGAUACGUUAUUUUUAUGCAACAAUUUCAAUCCGGUUUGGUAUGGCCAAGACGACUUUUUCCCAGAAUGUUCAGUCACUCAAAUUCCAGAAGAAGUACACACUGGUGAAGUCGUAUUUUCAGAUCAUGAAAGCUGUAGCGAUACACAAAGUACUGAAACAGUCAAAAAUGAUGUCAAGUUAUUUCUAAGCGAAAAAUUUUGCACUGAAAAUUGUACUGUAGACACACAGGUAGAAUGUUAUAACGAAAUUCAGAAAAUGGCAAAAACAAAAAGAUAUAUUCAAAACGACGAAAAUUUGCAUAAUCAACGACAAAGACAUAAAAAAAGAGUAAAAGUGAAGUUUCAACUUAAGCACGGAUAUGGUCAUACAAAGAAAAAACCAUCCCCAGAUUCAAAAGUAGAAUUUAAAAACGGACGUCAAGUUACUCUUCAUUACCAGACAAAACUUAUAUGCUCCAAUGGUUCUAUUCAGAGGGGUAAACGUUGCGUACAUUGUCCAAGGGGAACAUUUCAUAACGCAACAAGAAGUACUUGUCAGUCUUGUCCUUUUGGUCAAUAUAAUAAUAAAACUGGAGAGAUGUCAUGUAGCCAUUGUCCAGAGCAUUAUUCUACUGGGAGAAAACGUUCAAAAAAAAUUACUGACUGUAAAGAAAUGUGCCCACCAGGUACACACGCACGAAAAAAACUUCAAAGAACAUAUAAACAUUUUCAUAAUGCUACGUUUGAGAAAACGACAUUAAAACCCUUCUGUACAAAAUGUGGAGUAGGGUACUUUCAACCAGGUUAUGGAGAAUUAAAAUGUAUCCAAUGUCCGGAUGGGUACACCACUACAAGUAUAGGAGCAACAAAUAUUGAGCAAUGCAUACCAACGGCAGAAAAAAUUUGUCAAAGCGACAUUUGUAACAACGGAACAUGUCUAACAAUUAAUAACUACGAAUACACUUGUAAUUGCUCCAGCGAUUAUAUAGGGACACAUUGUGAAAAGGGUAUUGAUUCAUGCCAAUCUAAACCAUGCUAUAAUGAUGGAAGUUGUAUUGAUAAAACAGAUGGAUUCGAUUGUUCUUGUAAAGAUGGAUAUACUGGAAAAUACUGUGAAGAAUCUAUCGAAAUAUGUGAUAAAACUUGUUUAAAUAAUGCAGUAUGUUAUUUAGAAGAUAAUGGAACUCAAUCAUGCUUAUGCCCACCCGAAUUUACAGGAGACUUCUGUGAAAUUGAAGUUGAUUUUUGCGAAAUAAACUAUUGUGAGAAUAAUGGAACAUGUUUGAAUCGAAUUGAUCAAUUUCGCUGUAAGUGUGUCGGUGGAUUCAUUGGAUUACGAUGUCAUAUAUUGCCGUGCGAUUAUAAACCUUGUGAAAAUUCAAAAAUGUGCAUCAAUAUUCCUGAGGACAAUGCUACGAGAGAUAGUUAUAUGUGUGUCUGUCCAGACGGUUACACUGGCAAAAAUUGUGAUGAAUUAAUAAAUAACUGCUUGAAAAAUCCCUGCUUGAAUGGUGGAACCUGUAACAAUGAUUUGACAACUUAUUCUUGCACCUGUUCUAGUUUAUACUUCGGUAAAAAUUGUGAAUUCAAAAGAAAUACUGAAUAUACUUUCAAUUUCAACGAAUAUAGUGUAACCAAUUAUAUAAAACUAAAGCCAUUAUCUCAAAAUUUAACCGAGAUAACUGUUUGUCUAUGGGUACAGACAUUAGAUGAAGUGAACUAUGGGACUAUUUUGUCAUACGCUACAAGAAACAACGAUAAUGCAUUUACAAUAACAGACUACACUGGACUGGUACUCUACGUUAAUAACAAGUAUGUUGUGACUGACAUACAUUUGAAUGAUGGAAUGUGGCACCAUUUGUGUGUAAAAUGGAGUCAGAUAAAUGGCAGCUAUGAAAUUUUUGUCGAUGGAGAAAGACGAAAAUAUGGUGUCAAUCUUUCAACUGAGAAACAAAUUGAAGGUAUGGGCUAUUUAAUCUUGGGGCAAGAUCAAGAUAUUUUAGGAGGUGGUUUCAGCCAAAGUGAAUCAUUCGUAGGAAAACUAACUUACGUGGAUAUUUGGGCACGUCUUUUAACAUAUGAAGAAAUUUUAAUUCAUUUGAAAGACUGUAAUGGUUCGUUUUUUGGUGAUUUAUAUCCUUGGCCUAUCAUGCAAGAUUUCGUUCAAGGCGAAGUUCAGAUAGAACAUUCAACUUUCUGCAGAAGCUGUGACGCGCCGAAACCGCUAUAUAAUGGUUAUAUUGAAGUUGAAAAUAAUAGUGCUGUUUAUUCGUGCUAUCCUGGGUUUACUCUGAAUAAUCCAAGCUAUUUGAAAGGAAGAAAAUGUACUAAAGCAUCUCACUGGGAAGGUCAAUUCGAACCAUAUUGCAAACGAAUCUACUGCGGAUAUCCAGCUUCUAUAAGGAAUGGUUACACAAUAGGAAACAGAUACUUCUAUGAAGAUAAAAUCCUUUUCAAAUGUUAUGAGGGCUUCUUCAUGAUUGGUAGUCCAAUAAUAACCUGUAAGGAAAACGGAGUGUGGUUUCCGAAUAAACCCCAGUGUAUAGGAUUGGAACAGUGUCAAUCUUUCGAAAAACCAGAAUUUAGUAAUUUAACAGUAAUUGCAGAUCAAAGUUACGAAGAUUAUAAGGAAAACAAAACGAAAUUCGAUAUUGGAACGCAAAUUGAAUUUCAUUGUGAUGAAAAUUAUGAACUGGUUGGUAACAACACAAUAAACUGCCUUGAAAGUGGUACAUGGGACUCUGACCCUCCUAAAUGCACAGCAGUAGUAACCACGACGUCUCCAAACACAAGAUGUUCCAUAGAACAAAUUCCUCCUGCUCCCGGCAAUGGAUACAUAGAUGUUGAUUCUCUUAACGCAGUUAAAAAAAACAAUGCAACACUAAUCGAAUACAAAUGUAACGUAGGUUACCGACUUUUGGGUGAUAAAACUACAACAUGUAUCUUAGAUGGAUAUUGGACAGAGGCGAAUAUAACUUGUGACCCAAUCACUUGUAUCACGACACCGAAAUUUAAAAAUAUGAUGAUAGUAGGAUAUGAAGGAAAUAAUACGCAUUAUUAUGGUGAUGUGAUAAAUUUCAAAUGUGACGAUGGAUACGAUAAGCUGGGAAACCUUGCCAUACGGUGUUUGGCAUCAGGGAAAUGGUCACGUAUUCAAGGAAAAUGUUUAAGAAAAUCAUGUGGUAAGCCAGAUAUUUCAGAUGAAACAGAAAUACAAGGUCGAUCAUAUUUGUAUGGAGAUAAAGUAACAAUCACCUGCACAAGUGGUUCUUCUUAUAUCUUGGCUUGCACAAAAAAUGGAUUGUGGGAUGGUGAAAAAGACGAUAGCUGUUAAUUAAAGAUUUAAAACUUAAUUGAUAAUGGAAAAUAAAUAAAGAACAUUUAGUGGUG